AUGGAUGGGCUGCCGGAGAAGAGCAGUUGCAUCAGGAUAGGGAUUGCACCUUCUUCGGCCAAAGCCAUUCGAAUGUCCUUGACGGCGGAAAUUGCCCAGGCGUGGUCGGGGUCGGAGGUUAUGGACUCGACGGCCAUGGCAGAUUUUUCUUUAAUCGGCAUCGAGCCGGAUUCGAUUAAUCGGAGCAGGGGACCGAGGGCGCCCUCCUCGAACGCGCACCUACGGGGCAAAUCUCCGGCGGAUAUAAGCAGCGAGAGGGCAGCAACCGCUAGCUCUGUAAUCGAGUCGCGGCGGUUCGAAUCGAGCAGUGAGAUUAGGCGGGAGACGCCGGACUCCCUGGAGACGACGGCGGCGGCGGAGGCGGACCUGCCGUCCUCCGAGAGGAGCUGA